AUGGUGAUGACAGAUCCGAGGAUGUAUCGUAGCAAGACACCUGACUUCCGAUCGUUGGCAGCAAAGUACCCGCAGACGUUUGGCACUUUUGUCAAGGAUGACGGAGGGUACGAGGCCAAGAUUGAUUUUCAAGACGCCGAGGCUGUCAGGUGCUUGGCGGAGACGUUGCUGGUGGAAGACUUUGGUAUUCGUGCACGGCUUUCGGAUCGGAACCUUUGCCCUAUGGUAAGAGCGCUUGUGGUUUUCGCUCAACUGAUGCCGAGCGUGACUGACGCAUUCGGUGUCCUCGGAAACAGACUGGCGUACAUCGCCCUCAUCCACGAGCUGCUCUCGUCCACCCUUCCGACCCUGCAUCUCCUCCACCACCACACUUCGCAAUCACCUUUCCCUUUCUCGGCCUCCCGCAUUUCCGGGCUGGACAUCGGCACCGGAGCAUCCGCGAUCUACCCAAUCCUCGGCGUACGAUGUUUUCCCACAUGGUCGUUCGUCGCCACGGACAUUGACGGUGAGAGUCUUGACUAUGCUCGUACGCAUCUUGUCUCGCCGAACAAAAUGGAGGAUGGGAUAACGUUGAUUGGCGUGGACGGAAACAACGCCUUUGUUCCGUGGAAAACGAACGAAUCGGGGGCGACGUUCACGAUGUGCAACCCACCGUUCUAUACGAGUCGAGAAGAGAUGGACGAGUUGGCUGGGAAGAAAAAGGCGCCGGCGAAUGCUGUAUGUCAAGGAACACCGAGGGAAAUGAUCACCAAGGGAGGCGAAGUAGCCUUCGUUCGACGGAUGAUCGAGGAGAGCCUUUCGAUCGAAAACGUCCUGUGGUGGACGUGUAUGCUAGGCCGGCUGUCGAGCGUUGCUUUGCUAGGCCAAGACCUGAAGGAAAAGGCGAAGGAGGGGAAGAUGGGGAGUUGGGGUGUGAAGGAGCUGCAAACGGGCGGUGGAAGGACCAAGAGGUGGGUGCUGAUCUGGGCGGGUAGGGCGAACGGAUUGAGGAUCCCUGAUGUAAGUGUUGAAGAGGUUGAGUGGUCGAAGAGAAAACGAGAAAAUGCUGACGAGAAAGAAAUGUUUUGCACAGCGUAUGAGUCGGGAAGGCUUGCUUUCCAGCAGCCGGAUGACCUCGACACACCUCCUCUGAGGACCGGUGGCGAAAGCGCAGAGACGUACCAAGACAUAUUCAAGACAUCCAUGACAGCCGGCACGGGCACGAUCGAGGUCAUCCUAAAGCAGGAAAGCUGGACACGCAAAGUUCGACGUGCCAGACUGCACGCCCCACACCUCUCUGAAAAUUCUCCGCCAACGGCGCACGAUAUUCUUCCACUCCUCAUGGCUCGCAUCUCGGUCAACGAACGGACGACAUCCAGCCAGCAAAGCGCUUCAGAGACGGGUCUGGUGGUGAAGGUCACUUGGACAUAUGGAUUUGAUGCGGUCAGGUUUGAAUCCUUUGCCAUGUUCUUGCUCGCUGCUGUUCAACGCAGUGUCAAUGACUCUGGGAACGAUCAAGAGCAAUGA